CACCUCCUCCACCUCCUCCUCCUCCUCCCUCAGUGUCUUUAUAAGCUUCAGUCUCCCUCUUCUCCUCACUCUCCUCACCCUGCUCACCUCUCUGUCACCACACACUGACAACAUGCUGGGGAUCCUCUGCACUCUCAUCACUGCUCUCACAUAUGUUGAUGCAGCAAAAGUUCUGACCCAGACUCCUGCUGUUCAUGCAGUCACUGCAGGACAACAGGUUGUUCUCAACUGUAACAUUCAGAGACAUGAUAAUGAUUAUGUCAGAUGGUAUAAACAGGUUCCUGGUGGAGUUCCUCAGUGGGUUCUUGGCUAUCGUCACAGUGAUAGUCUAAAACACUAUGGAUCAGGAUUCUCCUCAGACAGAUUCAACUCUAAACCCACAUCAGACAUUGAUUAUCAGUUCAUUAUUAAACAGACAGAGACAGGAGACUCUGCUCAGUAUUUCUGUCUGACGUGGGAUGACUCUGCUAAGGAGGAUGUAUUCGGACAAGGCAGCAAGCUGAUUGUCACAGACUCCAGGCUCUCUCCUCCUGUCCUGACUGUCUUCCCUCCGUCCCGCUCUGAGCUCCAGUCCAAAGAAGUCACUCUGGUCUGUCUGUCCAGUCAGUCUGUGCCUUUUGCAGAUGUGACCUGGUUGGUUGGUGGGACCACAGUGAACAGUGGCGUCUCCACCAGCACCGCCAUUCAGCAACCGGACCAGAGCUUCAGAAUCAGCAGCCAUCUGACCAUCCAGACGUCAGACUGGAACAUGGACAAGCGUUACACAUGUAAAGUGUCUCUGGGCUCCCAGACUUCAGAGAAAGACAUCAACAAGUCCACCUGUGUCACUGAAGAAUAACAGAGGAGCAGAACGACCAUUGAAAAGCUGCUUCUUUCCUCUUUGUGCUGUUUCUCCUUCAGCUUCAAUCUGCUUGGAAAACAUGUUGUAGACGUUGGACAGAGCCGUUGGGUCAGAUUUGUAGUUGCUGCAUUGUAUUCAAUAAAAGCAUUCUGAUUAAAACAAAAA